AUGGAAUCAGAGGAGGUUCUCUCGCGAAUUAUUCUCGUAGUUUCGGUUGCCUCCAUGGUAGGGUCAGGAUGGAUCAUUAUCAGCUUCCUUGUUAUACCCAGUCUGCGAACUUUCCGUCAUCAAUUGAUUUUAGGUCUCGGAAUCAGUGAAUUCCUAGCCGCAAGCAAUGUCGUCGUCUCAGCUGGUCUGAAUACCUCGGGCAUCGAGAUAUGGAAUCCUUCCCUCAAGACAUUCUGCAGCUUCAAUGGACUCAUGGCUCAGACAUUUCUGGUGCAGAUACUGCUAGCCGACUAUUGGAUUCUUUCGAUUGCAAUCUGCACGUAUCUCAUACUGAUGGACUAUGUCCACGCUGCCUCGUGGGUCCAGAACCAUAAAAUCGCUCUCUGGUGCAUCCCAUGGGGUCUCUCAGUCCUAUGGGCUGUGCUUGGCCUUGUCGUCGUCGGAUAUGGGUAUGCCGGUGGCUGGUGCUGGUUCACCAGUGAUCGUGUCCGACUCUUCGUGAACUUCAUUCCACGAUGGACUAUCAUCCUUGUCAUCCUGUGCAUUUACACCCGACUAUGCCUCUUCCUCUACCGGUCUCAUAAAGCCCUCUCGAGCGACCAAGAAGUUACUCUGCAGACGCCGCAUCCACACCAAUGGCGGCUUCUGGAUAUCGGUGACGGACCUAGCCCAACUUCUCAUUCGGCGAUUCCACUGAAGAAGGUCUCACUCCAAAUGAUGGUAUAUCCGACCGUAUAUGCAUUGAUCUGGAUCAUCCCCACUUCCGUGCGCAUCUAUCAAGGAGUGACGGGAAAGCGCGCUCCAUUGGCACUAGAGAUUCUAGAAAAGGUGAUCGAAAAAUAA